CGGUGUUAAAUAUCACUAAGUUCAAUAUCGCAAUAUAAAGCUUUAGUGUGUUAAAUAUGACGGAUUUCGGUAUCACUAUAUUUCGUAUCGCUGGGCUCAGUGGCCGAUUCAGUAUCGCCCAUCCUGUAGUGUAAUACGGAAGUUUCUGCCUUUCCUCGUCUACCUUUCUAAUCUCUUUCCCUCCUCCGCGUGUGUUUGCACAUGUUUAUGUCCGGAUUUCAGCGCUGUGCUCACAGCACAUACACACAAACACACACACACACACACACUGAGCACUGACCAAGAUGACUUUGAAAUGGCUUUAAACACUGGACCUCAGGCCUUGCUGACUAUCUCACUCUUGUUUAUAAGACCUUGAUCACCUCCCCUUCUCUCACACACACGUGCAAAAUCCUCCGCAUGGAACCCAGUACAGGAUCUAAAAAGACAGUAUGGGGUAACCUGCGCCAAAGAGCCAAGCCGUUGAUUCACUACGUCCGCGGCAACAGCCAAAGACACAUAAAGUCGCAGGUUAGACCAGAGCGAGUUUUGGAACAUAGGACGAGUUCUUCAGUGCCAAGUUCCCCGUCCCUACCAGCCCACCACCCCCUUGUCCUUCGUGCCUCCACACCUGUCAGUCAGGCCAUGUUAGAAACAGGGGGUGGAGCUCAGUGUUCUGAUUCGGCAGCUGGGCCCGCAGACUUAUCUGGCUGGAUUCCUCAGGACCUCGUGGACGGUGGUCUUGAUGAGGAGCAGGACUUCUUGGAUGCUGUAGAAGAUAUGGAUCACCAACCAGAGAACUCAAUCGAGAGGCAAAGGGGUGAGAGCCAUGACACUGAUUCUUUCCAUGACCCUGAACACCAUGCAGUCCUGGAUAUGGCCGGGGAGAGUGGGAGUGUCUGUGAGAAUCAUAAGGAACCGCAGAAGUCCUACCUGCUCUCCAUUAACCUGAAAGAGGGACGGGGCCUUGUAAUCAGAGACCGCUGUGGUACAAGUGACCCAUACGUGAAAUUCAAGCUCGAAGGAAAGACGUUGUACAAAAGCAAAGUGAUUUAUAAGAAUCUCAACCCAACCUGGAAUGAGUUUUUCUCCUUCCCCAUCCGUGACCUACAAAAGAAACUGCACAUCAAGGUCUAUGAUCGAGAUCUGACCACAGAUGACUUCAUGGGCUCCAGCAGCGUGCUCCUAAGUGAACUAGAGCAUGAAAAGACGACAGAAAUGGUGCUACAUCUUGCUGACCCCAACAGUCUGGAAGCUGAUAUGGGCGUGAUUAUUAUUGAUAUUAGUCUAUCAGUCAGAGACGGAGAAAACAGACGAAAUAGGUGGGUUCAGAAGAGAAAACGAAGUAUGAGGGCAACCUCAUCUCCACAGACACGGCGUCUUGCUGAUACUUUAAAGAAGAGCCAGCUGUGGUCUGGAGUCCUGAGCAUCACACUGGUGGAGGGACGAAAUCUACCUGACGACGGACCAGGAGACGUGUUUGUUCGUUUUAAACUUGGAGAGCAGAAAUACAAAAGCAAGAGUCAAUGCAAAAAGUCCAACCCUCAAUGGAGAGAGAGGUUCGACUUCAACCAGUUCCUUGACGGUUCAAACUUUCUGGAGAUAAGCGUCUGGGCCAAAGAAGGCCGGAGAUACGAGGAAUGUUUUGGACAGUGUGAAGUUGACGUGUCUGCAUUGAAGGUGAGCAAAAGUCAGUUGUUCACAUGUAUCUUGGACCAGGGUCGAGGCAAAGUGAUUUUCCUCAUCACCCUGACGAGGUGCAGCGGAGUGUCCAUUACUGACCUGUACAAUCCCCUGCUGGAUGAGCCACAUGAGAGAGAAAACAUGAUAAACAAAUACAGCUUCAGGAACUCCUUGAGAAAUGUAAAGGACAUCGGAUUCCUUCAGGUGAAAGUGAUCAAGGCUUUAGACCUCAUGGCUGCAGAUUUAAAUGGGAAGAGUGAUCCGUUCUGUGUGCUGGAGUUGGGAAAUGACAGACUGCAGACUCAUACCAUCUACAAAACGCUUUACCCAGAAUGGAAUAAAGUCUUUACAUUUCCAGUCAAAGACAUCCAUGAUGUUUUGGAAGUCACAGUUUUUGAUGAAGAUGGAGACAAGGCUCCAGAUUUCCUGGGGAAAGUGGCCAUUCCAUUACUCUCAAUACAUAACAAUCAUCUGAUUUCUUGCCCAUUGAAGAAAGAGGACUUAGGAGGAUUAUCCAAAGGAACUAUAUUGUUAGAGCUUGAGCUCAUCUACAAUCCAAUCAAAGCAAGCAUGAGGACUUUCAACCCAAAGGAGAGGAAAUUCCUGGAAGACAAUCCUAAGUUUUCCAAAAAGGUUCUGGCAAGAAAUGUUUAUCGUGUGCGGAACAUCUAUAGAACAGUGUCCCAAAUCAUGCAAUAUAUAAAGAGCUGCUUCCAGUGGGAGAGUGUCCAGCGGAGUAUCUUUGCAUUUGUGGUCUUUUUGCUUACAGUGUGGUACUGGGAGUUCUACAUGCUGCCUCUGUUCUUGGUCGUACUGCUCAUUUGGAACUAUACUCAGGUCGCCUCUGAGCGGGGAGGCCAAGAAACAGACAGUAUGGACAGUGAAGAUGAGGAUGAAGAUGAGCGGGAAUCUGAGAGAAGAGGUUUGAUAGAGAAGAUCCACAUGGUCCAGGACAUUGUUGUCACUGUCCAGAACUUGUUAGAGGAAAUCGCAUGCUUUGUUGAGAGAAUAAAAAACAUGUUUAAUUGGUCAGUGCCGUUCUUAUCAAACCUGGCAUUCCUGGUUCUCAUGGUUGUCACAGUGAUCACAUACUUCAUCCCUCUGCGCUACAUUAUUCUGCUUUGGGGUAUAAACAAAUUCACGAAGAAACUGCGGAAUCCAUAUGCUAUUGAUAACAAUGAAGUGAUGGAUUUCCUCUCCAGGGUGCCUUCAGAUGUCCAAAAGGAGCAGUAUAUGGAGCAUAAACCUGUCCACAUUCACAGUCCUCACAGAAGAAAGAAAGCUGUUCAAUAGCUCCACGUGAGCUCAUCUUCAAAAACUCUGUUAGUAUAAUAUGACACUAAACAUCCUCUGAAUUCUUCCUGCUUGUUUAAUUUAAUGUGUAUAUUUGCCAACAUUUUUAUUUUAAGACUGUUUUAAUGAUUUGUUCAUUUAAAAAUUAGUUUAUUAUUUUGAUGUGUUUAUUUUUCUGCGUGCUGUGCAAAGUUUUAAGUGACUUGAAAAUCAAACUUUACCCCUACUGAUUUUAGGGGUUUAGUACCAAAAAAACUACUACUAACGCUAAGAAGGAUUUUUUUAACUAAUCUAAGCAGAGUGGGCAUGUGGUCUUUUUUAUUUAGAUCACAGUGUAUUGUAUAUGCAGUGGAUACGCCACAAGCAAGCCGAGAGGGUGUCAGGGGAAACAGAACAGUGCUCCUAGAUGCUAUUGGCUACAUUCAGUACAGCAUAGCCAUGCCUGCAUUGUACACUGAUAAUUAAAGACUCAACAAACUAAUUCCUGAGUUCCUGAUAAGCGAGUGCAAUAUGUUGGAAUACCUAAUGUCUAUUGGAUCAGGAUGUAUUUUGUGGUAUAGCAGUACAUGUGUAUAAAGUUUUUGUAUAAAUAUCACAGUAAGCCUUACUGGUGGUUUUUAAACUAUUCUUCAAUGAUAAACAUAAGUUAUAAGAAAUGUACACGUUAAAUGUUAAUAUAUAUUUUUGUAUGUUUAAGCCUUUAUAAUGAUCAUGUGUCAUUAUGAUUGUAAAAUGAAAUAUUUCAGAUCUAUAAGUAACUUUCUAUAAGCCAAAGUGCCUGUGUAUGAUGUAUAAUUGUAAAUGACACUGAUUAUGACAAUUUUAAGCUGCACUUUCCAAAAAAUACAGCAAAACCUGUUACGGAGUUGUGUUGGAUAUUUUUUAAGAUAUUGACCAUUUUAUUCUGUUUACCGUUAACUGAUUUUUUUAUUUCACAUUUUUGAGUUAUUUGCCUCAUUUGAAACAAAAUACACAACACUUUACAGCUUUAUUUAGAUUUCUUAUCUAGUUCUAUAUGGAAUUAAUGCACACACGGCAUCUUAAAGAGAAGUUCACAACAUUUGAUUUGCUGUUUGUUGUAUAGUGGUACAGAACACAAUAAACUCAGUCAAACUGCAAA